AUGACAGCCUCCGUGCUCCUCCACCCCCGCUGGAUCGAGCCCACCGUCAUGUUUCUCUACGACAACGGCGGCGGCCUGGUCGCCGACGAGCUCAACAAGAACAUGGAAGGGGCGGCUGCCGCGUCGUCCUCCGGAGGGCCCGGCCCGGCUGGCCCGGCGGGUGCUGAGGCCGCCAAGCAAUGCAGCCCAUGUUCGGCAGCGGCGCAAAGCUCGUCGGGGCCCGCAGCGCUGCCCUAUGGCUAUUUUGGCAGCGGUUACUACCCGUGCGCCCGCAUGGGCCCGCACCCCAACGCCAUCAAGUCGUGCGCUCAGCCGGCCUCAGCUGCCGCCGCCUUCGCGGACAAGUACAUGGAUACAGCCGGCCCAGCGGCCGAGGAGUUCAGCUCCCGCGCUAAGGAGUUCGCCUUCUACCACCAGGGCUACGCAGCCGGGCCUUACCACCACCAUCAGCCUGUGCCUGGCUACCUGGAUAUGCCGGUGGUGCCUGGCCUCGGGGGGCCCGGCGAGUCGCGCCACGAGCCCCUGGGUCUUCCCAUGGAAAGCUACCAGCCCUGGGCGCUACCCAAUGGCUGGAACGGCCAAAUGUACUGCCCCAAAGAGCAGGCGCAGCCUCCCCACCUCUGGAAGUCCACUCUGCCCGACGUGGUCUCCCAUCCCUCGGAUGCCAGCUCCUAUAGAAGGGGGAGAAAGAAGCGCGUGCCUUACACCAAGGUGCAAUUAAAAGAACUGGAACGGGAAUACGCCACGAACAAAUUCAUUACCAAGGACAAACGGAGGAGGAUAUCAGCCACAACGAACCUCUCGGAGCGGCAAGUCACAAUCUGGUUCCAAAAUAGGAGGGUUAAAGAGAAAAAAGUGAUCAACAAACUGAAGACCACUAGUUAAUGGAUUAAAAAAUGGAGCAAGAAGGCAAUUUGAAGAAAUGCUUCAGAACUCGUUGCUUUUGCUCAGAUAAUAAUAAAGCUUAAUAAUAAUUGAAGAAUGAGAAAGACAAAGAGAGAAACUGACAUGUUACUCUCCAAGGGGAGAUCUCUUUCUCUUUAGUGGAAUCUACAAUUGUUUUUAAACUCCACAAAAUGGUAAAGACUGCCAGCUCUCCCGCCAACCCCACCAGCCCAGCCCGUUAAGUGACAAAUUCUAGUCAAACGUCAACCCCCAAAUGCGCAAUUUCAGAUAAGUUGCGCAGUUACUGAAAUCUUGUAAGUAUUUAUGUGACUUAUAUUUUAGGACACUGUGUUAGAUGGUAAUAAUCUGAAAGUUGGUUACAAAAACAAGAAGCUAUUGUAAACAUCUGCUUGCCCUUAGGUUGCCAUUCCCUUUGCAUGUUAAGUGCCCGCUCAGGUAAAUCUUAGUGAAAUUCCUACCGUUGUCUUAUGUUGUGCAGAAUGUUUUAUGAAGAGAUUUAGAGGGGAAAAGAGAAGGUACUGAAAUAAUGAUCUUGGACUAUUUGCUAUGAAGGGAGAAAGGGAGAGAAAGAUCUUCCGAGGAUCAUUUGUCCUGGUAGUAAAAACAAACAUCUGAACCUUUGAGGCUACAAGGGAACCCCGGGUUGUUAAUGUCCUUCUGAGAAUAAUUUUAAUUGCUUAUAACAAGCAUAGUUUGUGGCAUAUAGACUAUAUUUACUGCCCCAUAUCAAUUAUUUUCCAAA